AUGGUCAAUAAAGAAGAUGUUGAAGAUGAAUUAUUAAAUGAAACAGCACCAGUUGCAUUAGAUGAAGGUGAUAUUGCACUUUUGAAAUCAUAUGGUGUUGGACCAUAUUCAAAAUCAAUUAGAAUUUUAGAAGAGGAUAUUAAAAAGAUGACAUCAAAAGUCAAUGAACUUUGUGGAAUUAAAGAAUCUGAUACAGGUAUUGGACCACCUUCUCAAUGGGAUUUAGUUGUUGAUAAAACAUCUGCACAUGAAGAACCACCACUUCAAGUUGCAAGAUGUACUAAAAUUAUUGAUGUUGGAAAACCAAAUGCAAAAUAUAUUAUUACAGUUAAACAAAUUGCAAAGUUUGUUGUUGCAUUAGGUGAUAAAUUAUCACCAACUGAUGUUGAAGAAGGUAUUCGUGUUGGUGUUGAUAGAAAUAAAUAUCAAAUUCAAAUUCCAUUGCCACCAAAGAUUGAUGCUUCAGUAACAAUGAUGCAAGUUGAAGAGAAACCAGAUAUUACAUAUAAGGAUGUUGGUGGUUGUAAAGAACAAAUUGAAAAACUAAGAGAAGUAGUUGAGAUGCCAUUGUUGCAUCCAGAGAAAUUUGUAAAUUUAGGUAUUGAUCCACCAAAGGGUGUGUUGAUGUAUGGUCCACCAGGUACUGGUAAGACAUUGUGUGCUCGUGCCGUUGCAAAUCGUACUGAUGCCGCUUUUGUUCGUGUUAUUGGUUCAGAGUUGGUGCAAAAGUAUGUUGGUGAGGGUGCACGUAUGGUACGUGAUCUCUUUCAAAUGGCACGUUCAAAGAAGGCAUGUAUUAUCUUUUUCGAUGAAGUUGAUGCAAUUGGUGGUGCUCGUUUCGAUGAUGGUGCAGGCGGUGACAAUGAGGUUCAACGUACUAUGUUAGAGUUGAUCAAUCAAUUGGAUGGUUUCGAUCCACGUGGUAACAUUAAAGUAUUGAUGGCAACCAAUCGUCCAGAUACUUUGGAUCCAGCUCUUCUUCGUCCAGGUCGUCUCGAUCGUAAGGUUGAAUUUGGUUUACCAGACUUGGAGGGUCGUGCUCACAUCUUUACCAUUCAUGCCAAAACUAUGAGCUGUGCUCGUGAUAUUCGUUUCGAAUUAUUGGCUCGUCUUUGUCCAAACUCAACUGGUGCCGAUAUUAGAUCCGUUUGUACCGAAGCUGGUAUGUUUGCAAUUCGUGCUCGUAGAAAGGUUGUAAGUGAAAAAGACUUUUUAGAAGCUAUUGAUAAAGUUAUUAAAUCUUAUGCUAAAUUUAGUGCAACUUCAAGAUAUAUGCAUUAUAAUUAA